AAACGUAUCUAUUGCUGAAACUGUUUACUGCCCUCCUUCUCCAUCUGUUCACAUGGCUUAUCCGGUAGUUAGCCCUAGGCUACAUCUUUCGAGUUGGCAUAAAUUGAGGCCUGCAGUUAGGCCAAGAGCAAUAUUUGCCCCUUACUCCGCCAGCAGCUGUUUCGGGAGCGCAGCUGUUACCACCUCGAGAGGCCGAAUUACCAGCGACGAGCCGUGGCCCUUUCAAGUUGAUGGGCCAUCCUGGCAUGGCAGAUAGCUGCCUUUGCCGGACCGGGGCGGAGGAGCUGUGAAGUGUGAGAGUUAAUUGUGUUUAAAGCAGGUUCCCUGCCCUGCGCAGGGCAGGGGAUCCCGGGCUGUUGUGAAGCAAUCACAGCACGGUUUUGGGAAGGUGAUGUGUAAAUCUCUGAAAUGCGGGAGCUAUAGAUUAUAGGUGGAGGGAGGCGAUUAGAUGUCAGAUAACUGGAUGGAAACUCGGCCUGUUUCUCUGUGCAGACAAGGAAUACUGAUGUUAAGAGCUGAGCUACUUGUCUUUGGAAAAAAUGAAUGAAAAUCCCCUAAGUAUAUGUUAAUGUGAUUAAAUUGUAGGUAACGAGCAAGGAAGGAGGCGACAGGCGGGGGCAUCGCAGAGAUUAACCUGGAGAAAGCCCCCUCCUUUACUUCCUUAGAGGGUUCAUGACCAGAGUGGACAAGGAGGGCUGAAUGUUCUUGGCUGUGUAGGCUGAGACUGAAAGUGUUGGAGCUCAGGAAGCUCGUACAUCACAAAAUAUGCUCCCCAUCUGUCAGGACGCGGCCCGUCGGAGUGCCAAAUCCCACUCGAGGCCAGGGCAAAAGUGGAGGCGUGUGGUGUCCAUCCCGUGGAGCGGCGCUCCGAGGGGCUCCGUUGUGAGCGCAUAAGUUGGCCAAAGAGAAGGAAGAUGUGGUGCAUCUCCUCACGCCGCGCCUGGGGUACCACUGCCAGCAGCAUGCUGAUGCGGACACAGCCAGGGAGCUGCGCUUCGUGCGUGCUCCAACAAUGGCAUUGCACCCACGAAGAGUUCGCUUGAAGCCCUGGCUGGUAGCCCAGGUAGAUAGCGGUAUGUAUCCAGGCCUCAUCUGGCUGAAUCGAGAAGCAAAGCGAUUUCAGAUCCCCUGGAAGCAUGCAACUCGGCACAGUCCUCAGCAUGAAGAGGAGAACACUAUCUUUAAGGCAUGGGCUGUGGAAACAGGAAAGUACCAGGAGGGAGUCGAUGAGCCAGACCCUGCAAAGUGGAAAGCUCAGCUCCGAUGUGCUCUUAACAAAAGUCGGGAGUUCAAUUUGAUGUACGAUGGCACCAAGGAGGUGCCCAUGAAUCCUGUUAAAAUUUAUGAAGUUUGCGAUAUCCCCCAGUCCCAGGGAUCAAUCAUUAAUCCAGGUUCCACCGGCUCAGCUCCGUGGGAUGAAAAAGAUAAUGAUCUUGAUGAUGAAGAGGAGGAAGAGUUGAAUCAAUCUCAGCAUGUCCCUAUUCAAGAGACCUUUCCAUUUCUUAAUAUCAAUGAUUCUCCGAUGGCUCCAGCCAGUGCAGAAAACUGUAGCCCUGAAGCUGUGUGGCCAAAGAAUGAACCUCUAGAUAUGGAAAUGCCCCCAACUGCCCUGCAGCAUGACUUCUUCAGCAGCCCUGAGCUCUGGAUUAGCUCUCUUCCAAUGACAGACCUAGAAAUCAAGUUUGAAUAUCGAGGGAAGGAGACCGGUCCCACAACGACUGUGAGCAAUCCGCAGGGGUGUCGACUCUUCUACGGAGAGCUGGGUCCAAUGCCAGAUCAGGAAGAGCUGUUUGGGCCUAUUAGUUUGGAGCAAGUAAAGUUUCCAGGAACAGAGCAAAUCACCAACGAAAGGCAAAAGAUCUUCACAAGUCGGCUACUAGAUGUUAUGGACAGGGGACUGAUCCUGGAGGUCAGUGGCCAUGCCAUCUAUGCUGUCCGACUCUGCCAGUGCAAGGUGUACUGGUCUGGUCCCUGUGCGCCUUCCUCCACUACACCAAAUUUGAUUGAGAGGCAAAAGAAAGUCAAACUCUUCUGUCUGGAAACAUUCCUAAGUGAGCUGAUUGCCCAUCAGAAGGGACAAGUUGAGAAACAGCCACCUUAUGAAAUCUACUUCUGUUUUGGGGAAGAAUGGCCUGAUGGAAAACCUAGAGAGAGAAAGCUGAUUGUGGUUCAGGUCAUUCCUGUUGUGGCUCGGAUGAUCUAUGAAAUGUUUUCCGGCGACUUCACACGUUCCUUCGACAGCGGCAGCGUGCGACUCCAGAUCUCUACGCCGGAUAUCAAGGACAACAUCGUCGCCCACCUGAAGCAGCUGUACCGCCUCCCGCAGAGCCACCAGGAGGGUUGGCCCAUGCAGGGCCCUGCGCUGCACACCGCCCCGCCGCUCCCGGCACAGUGACGGCUGCUGCCUCAGCUCCGCUCUGCCCUCCGGUUCCUUGUACAUAUAGGAAGAUAUUUCUUAAAUGGUGCCUUGCCUGAACCUGAAUUAAAUCUGUAAAUCUGGCUGUCUGAUUAUUAAAUUUUCAACAGUCAGUGGUACUUUUCUGUUUAGACACUUCCCCCCCCAAAAAAAAAAGUUUUAAAGGAAUGCCUUUAGGUAGUUCAGGUUUUAACUGUUUGCUUAAGCAACCAUUAUGUAUAAAUCAGUUUUUAAACGCUAAAAGUUGUGUAAUCCAGUACUGACAUGUAUAUAAAUGUGGUUGAUAGAGGGAGGAAAAAAACAAU